GCCCUUACAAAUCGGAGUAUGACUCCUCGCUGUGGCUGUACUGGGUCUCAACAAAGACGGAUCCCACAGUCGCAUCGAAGAACAGAGCUCAUAUAAACCGCCACGCGUCCAAAACUAUUCGCGAAAGACUUCCUGACUUCACGAUUAAAGAGUCUUCCGAGAUGUGUGGAAACGCGGCCACACGUGCGCACGUGGACACGCCCGCCCCUGCGGCGAUCCCUGCAUCUGCACCCACCGAUCGCCGGCCAAAAACUAUUGAUGCGCGACCUCCAACAUCCUGCAACAACCACGACGACGACAGCACAACUACAUUUUCGCAGCCCGAAAUCGCACCCAUCCGGACACCCCCUUCCUCCCGCAAGGAAAAGCGCAAGCAGCGCAAAAACGCCACCCUCCCGACGCCACCCUCCAGCGACACCGAACAACCCACAAAGCGCACACCACCCAACAACCCCCAGCGCGCGCCCUCCCUAUCACCCAGCCUCACAAUGGCCAAAUCCCUCACCCAAAAAACGUACCCCCUUCUAAUCUGCUCCCUCGGCAACCCGGGCCCCACCUACGCCCACACCCUGCACUCCGCCGGGCACACCCUAACCUCGCACAUCGCCGCGGUGAAAUCCUACCAACCCUUCACCGCGGGCCUCUCCGGCCGCGUCGCCCGCCCCGACAACACCACCUACUCCUUCGGCCCCUUGCAAGGCUUCCGAAAAACAAACUCAAAAGAAGUCGGCCCCGGCGAAGACGACUGGACGCUCUGGCAGUCCACCUCGCUGAUGAACGUCUCCGGCAAGCCGCUCGCGCGCGCCUUUGCCGCUUUCUCUUCCGAGCUCGCGCGGCACGGGCGCGGACCGGGCCGGCUCGUCGUCAUCCAUGACGAGCUGGAGGCGCCGCUGGGCAAGGUCAGCGUGCGGGACGGCGGGAGCAGCGCGCGCGGGCACAACGGGGUUAAGAGCGUGCAGGGCGCCAUGCCGGGGGGUACAAAGUGGUGGCGGAUUGGGGUGGGGAUAGGGCGGCCCGAGAGCAGGGAGCCGGAUGCGGUGGCGGGAUACGUGCUGCGGAAGAUGCAUGCGGGGGAGAUGCGGGCGAUGGAGAAGGCGUGUGCGGGGGUGGUGAAGGUGCUGAGGGAGAUUUCCGAGGGGAAGCGAUAAGGGAUGGCGAUGGGGUGGGCGAGUGUAAGAUACGAAAUGGGUUGGCGCGGCAUAUUGGCGUUUUUCGAAUGGCUUUGGCAAGAGAGGAGGAUGAUACCCUGCUGGAGCAAGCGCAUAGCAUAGCAUAGCAUAGCAUGGCACAGCAUAUAGAUCUGUAAAAUACGGCAACGCUUGAAGAUAAUC